AGGGUUUUUUUGUUUUUUUCAUCUGGAGGUGGUCUUGACGCUGGCGACAGCGAGAAAAGAGGCCCUCGUCAGCGUCAUCACCGCAUUAGAGAACGUACAAGGAAAACAGUGGGGCUGACGACCUCUCUCUCUCUCUCUCUGGACGCCAGCACACAUCAGACUUCCUUCAUCUUUUCCCUUUAUCAUCUCCUCAAUCGCAAAUUCGGUCUCUAAGUGACCACCUUCACAAACUCAGCAAAAAGAAACCGAAGCGCCAUGGAGGGCAGCACCCAACGCGCAACGACCAGUCACAGCAGCACCGCCACCACCUCAGAGCCACGAAGAGGAAGUCUCACCAACGAUCAACGCGACAAAGUUGUGGCACUGCAGCAGCUGAUGCGCGGCCACUUCGAUCCACUCCCCCCGCAGCUCCUCCACUCCAUGCGCAUUCUCCCUCGCCACGACAAGGGCCCCAUCGAGCGUGAUCCUGAGUGGCUCUAUUGUACGUGUUUUCUUGUAUCACGUGAGUGGGACGUGCAGAAGGCCUUCGCCAUGAUGCAAACAGUCGUGGCGUACCGCGCCGACAACGGGUUGGAUGAGCGCAGUCAGCUUCCGCCUGCGGUGUCGGUGAGAGGGUGGGACAACGCGGCCGCCGUCUGCGCGUCCCUCGGCAAGGCACCCCGACACGCGCCAGAUCGGGUGGACCGCCUUGCGACGGAUGUCGCACAAACCCUUUCCUGCGGCCUUCACUACUGGGACAAGGGUGGCCGGCCGGUGGUGUAUGUCAUGGUCGACAGUCUGGACGAGGCAGGGCUGAUCCGCACGCUGAAGAAGCACGCGGCGAUUGGGCAGACGCCCGCGGAUGUGAUGUGGAUGUACGGGCAGCACUUCAUUGGCGUAGGCGAGGACUUGGUGCUCUACCAACUACAGCAGCAGCAGCAGCGACUUUCAGGUAAGGAAACGCGAGAUGACGCGUCUCACCCCGUCACUUCACCAUCGUCGUCGUCUCCUCACACCUCCGGCGGCGCGCAGGGCCUCAUUACACUUGUGAUGGAUCUUAAGGGAUUUCACGUGGGGCUGCUCUGGAAGCCCAUGCUGGACCUUUUCCGUGACGUGGCACGAAAGCUCUUUCAGUACUACCCCGACAUGGUCCACCGGAUUCUCGCGGUGAACGCGCCGGGCCUCGUGCGGGUGGCAUUCAACAUGGUGAAGGGUGUGAUGACCGCCGACUUCCAGAAGAAGAUUUCCUUCGUCGGGCCACAGCACACGAUGGAGGCACUGGAAGAAGAAAUCGAUCUGGCGUACAUACCGGCUUUUCUUGGCGGACGCUGCCGCUGCCGCCGCCGUCGCUCGGAGAAAGCGCAGGAUGGUAACGGCGAGGAAGACGGCGGCGGAUGCUGCAUUGAUGGGUACGAUCGAGCAGACCCACUGCGGCGGAACUCGAAAGCGAAACACGGAAAAGAUGAGACAUCUACUGCUGUUGCUGGGAACUCCGAUAGCCUUCACAACGAAGGAAGCGGAGAGGCGUCCGCCGCUACCGACGACAUCGCCCUAUCUGGAGGGCAGCGGCACCGACGUGUGUUUCACCUGCGGCCGUCAGAAACGGUGGUGUGGGAGUUUGCUGUCCCGCACAACGGCGGUGCUGACGUGGUGUUUUCCUCGUACUUUGUCCCUCACGCUGACACGGCAGCCGACGCGGCGGCGGUGAACUGGUCGAAGCUGAGUACCGAAAAGCUGCAGCCACACCAGAUCCAGGAAGGCGGUGACGGCGCAAAGCAGGCGGGCGCCUUCACCGCGAGCGAGCGGGGCACGUUGGUGCUGUCGUGGCACAACACCCGGCUGUGGUUUAAGACGCGUCACGUUCAGCUGCGGGUGUACAAAGACGCUUCACCGCAGUCCAACGUGCCAGAAGAAAAGGGCGACGAAGAGAAAGAGGUGGGAGAAACAAGAAAGGUGGCUGCAUCUUGA